AUGGCGCUGCCGUCUAAACAAUACGGGCUCAUCUUGCCUCAGAAGAAAUGUUUGACGAAGCCAAGUGGUCUCCAGAAACAUUCCGUGUUUGGGGAUGACUCCGAUGAUGAGACGUCUGUCGGAGAAAGCCUGCAAAAAGAAGCAGCUAAGAAGAAGACAAUGAGGCAGACACAGCUUGAGAUGAAGAAAGCCUUGGAGGAAGACAGCACCGUGUACGACUAUGACGCCGUUUACGAUGACAUCCAAAAGCAGAAACUGGACAACAGACAAAAAGUGUUGUCCAGAGCAGACAAGAAGCCCAAGUACAUCGAACAGCUGAAGAAGGCGGUGGAAAACCGCAAGAAAGAGCAGGAGCGUAGGGAUGAGCGCAAAAUUCAGAAGGAGCGCGAGGCAGAGGGGGAGCGCUUCGCUGACAAGGAAGCGUACGUCACGUCCGCCUACGAGCGCAAGUUGCGGGAGCAGAAGGAGGAAGCGGAGCGUGAGAGGAGAGAGGCUGCCAUUGAAGCCGCUUUGGAUGUGAGGAAACAAAAAGAUCUGAGCGGCUUCUACCGACAUCUUCUCAACCAGACCGUCGGAGAGGAAGCCAUCCCAGACCGCUCAGCAAACAAAAGUGAAAAGUCAGAAGACGUUAAGCUCACGGAAACGACUGGAACCAGUCGAGAUCUUACGUCAAGUCCUGGAAGUGACGGAGAAGACAUGCGAGAGGAGAAGCGUGAAGUCAGCUCGUCGCAUUCGAAGCGUCACUACAGACGGAGGUCACAUUCGUCAGAAAGUGAGCGCGAGAGAGAAGAGCGCAAAAAGGACGACAAGCGCAGGGAGAGACGAGAAGAUCGCGACCGUGGUCACAGAAGCAGACGCAAAGACAGCGAGAGAGAAAAAGAGCGGCCGAGGGAAGAAAAAGGAAAAGAGGAAGAGGAGACGAGAAAACCAGAACAUAAUGCGGUGGAAGAGAAGAACGGAGGUGAGGACGAAGGAAAUGCCAAGAAGGAUGAUGGUGACAAAAGUGAAAAGGAAAAGUUGAACAAAUUUGCCAAACGUUCAACCGAGCAGACACUAAGUUCGGCCCGAGACCGCUACUUAGCCCGUCAGACGGCUCGAUCAGCCUCCAAGGCUUAUGUUGAACACGAAGAAGACUGA